AUUAAAAAUAGAAAAAUAAAGAGUGAUUCGUCUAUGGUAUCUUGGAUGAAAACGAUAUAGAAGACAUAACUUUUCCCAGAAAGAGAGAACUGUAGUUAGUUAUUACAUGUGAAAACUUUGUCUCGCUUAUGUUAUGUGCGAUUGUUUUUUUUCUUUAAUCUCUCUCGCCCUUCUGGUCAAGGACCUCUCCAACAUUGCCUCAAACAGCUUUUGGGAUACGAAAUCACAACUUGUUUCGUUGAAUGAACGCCUAAGCAGAGCUCUGUGCUGAUCUGAAGCUGAACCAAGUCAUUGAUGUCAUGUUGAGAUUUGUUUUGGUAAACUUUCUUUUGAUGGUGCAGAGGCAGUGUCGCUUCAAUAAGGUAAUCAACAUUGUGUACUUAAUGGUUCUUAUUUGGUUCGAAGGUUGCUGACAUUUCACAAGAAAGGGCUAAAGAAAUAUAGUAAGCCGAGCACUAGGUAUAAAUACUCUACAUUGACCAAAACUCAAGGAAACUUCAGGUUAAAAGUGACGGAAAUUGCUCUUGUUGCUGACACUAGCUGGUAAAUUGAUGACAUAAUUGUCAUGUUGUGAUAGAAGAUGAUAGAAGAGAAGCUCUCGGUAAUGAACCCUACAAUGUCCAACUUCUUACCAAGUUCAGUGAUAUUAGAAUCCGGUCAAGACGUCACUGGCAAAUCCUUUGUUACAGAGGUAAACUACAUAGCAAACUAAUUUAAAAGCUCGGUCUCUAAAUCAAAAAUACAAUUCACCUGAGACUUUGGUUUUCUUAUAAUGUGGGCAGGAGGAGCUGGCAUGGUAAUAAUUAAUUAACAAGUGAAUUCCUUCAUUUCAGGUUAGCACCAUACGAAUCGUGUGAAUUAAGUCACACCUCUGUUGUUUUUCAUUUUUUUCAGCCUUCUUGUCGCUGCAAAUAAGUCUCAACCUUCAACUCUUCUCUCCUCUCCAUACAAAGUGUAAACUUUAUUUUCUACAAACUGACCUUUUCAAACAACUUUCGUAUCGGGUAACCAAAAACAAUAAACUCUAUAUAGGUAGGGCAUAUAUCAAUUCAGUAUCAAAAUCACUAAACAUCAAUCCGAACAAAUCAUCUUUUAUUAAAGGCCACUGAGAAAAAUAAUACAAAACAAUGUAUUCUUCAUCGUCGACUGUACCAAAACGCGUCAUUUUGAUCCAUGUCUUGGCGAUACAACUUCUCCUUAUAAACAGCGAAUUGUCCUUAAACACAACCAAUGCGUAUCUCAACCACAAAUGCUUGGUUAGUCAAGGAAAAUACAAGCCGGGAAGUAAGUACGAGCAACGCUUAAAAUUUAUCAUCAAAAGGUUCUAUUCGGUCAGUAACAAAGGUUACCAAGGGUUCGGCGAUUCUACUUUAUCCGCUAUCAUCCAGUGCCGCGGCGACUCCUACGGGCCCAAGUGCCACGACUGCUUUGCCACCGCCUUCGCUGCUCUUCGCAGGAGAUGUCCGUGGUACAAGGGGAGGAUAAUAUGGUAUGACCAAUGUCUUCUCUCGAUUGAUGCCAAAUAUUCUAUUGGGCAGAUCGAUUACAACAAUAAUUUUUGUAUGUCCAACGCUAAGAAGUUGGGAGGAGAUGCAUUCGCGUUUAUAAUAACUUGGAAUACUUUCAUGGACAAUCUGACGACUUUAGCUGUUGAUAAUAACACUAACAAGUUAACACCAUUCUACUCUGCGGGGAAGACGUGGUUUAAGGGUGAUAUGUUGUAUGGAAUGGUGCAGUGUACGAUAGAUUUAAACCCAAACGCUUGUUGGGAGUGUAUGGUAUUUAAUAGCAUACAUUUUCAACAUUGCUUGAAUGAUAAACGAGGAGCGAGAUUUAUGAGUAGGAGCUGUACUUUUAGGUUUGAGUUUUACCCUUUUCUUGCCAAGCAUGUCCAAAGUAUUUAAAGAGCUAAAUAAAUAUUUAACUUUUUGUUUGAAUUUUUUUCAGUCAAAAGUUUAUGUAACAUCAAGUGCUACUCUUUUUUUUUCUUUUUCAUGAAUGUUUAAAGAAAAAAACAACAAAAUAAUGAGUGAAUAAGAGAGUGCUCGUCUAUUUUGUUGCUUUAUUCUUAUGAUUUUAUCAAAUGUCUUUUAAAUUCUUUUCUCAUAGUUUUUCAUUUUUAUUUAGAUUGUGAUAUAUGUUACAAAUGAUCUGGAACCAGAGCCAACAAGGCAUUUAAUACAUCCAUACAAGAACAACCAUAUCAUAAUUCACAUCAUGUUCUUGUGAAUUGUGACAAUAAUUAAAAACAAUAUAACGGUGAAUAACUUAGCGUGUCUAUAAUUUAAACUGUUUUAGAGAAGAUUUGAUGUUUCAAAAUAUAAGAUGUUUGCAAUUAUCAAAAUAAUUUCAACUUUAUUGAAAAUUGAAUGGCCAAUAACAUUUUACUGCAUAAUUUAUGAUAGGAAUUUAUUUAAAAUUUAUAUUAUAAAUAAUGUCAUCUUUUAAAAUUAGCCAAAACAUCUUUUUCAUAUACAUUAUUUGAGAAGUGAUUUGCUUAUUUGUCAUCAACAUAUUCAUACAAUCAAAUUAUAUGUUAGUGUGGCUUACAAUAUUAACGAAAUCAAUAUUAAUCAAAUACAUUUUUGUUGAUAGUUAAGUGAUUGAAAUUUAUUUAAUUUUAUCGGUUCAUUAAUUAAAUUAACAAUUAAGUUUUACCAGUUUAAUAUAUUUUAACUAAAAUAUACCAAAAUGCAAACUUAUUAUAAUUCACAUAUAUAUAUAUAUAUUUAAAUAUAGAAAACUAGAGGAUAAUAUACAUAUUUAAAUAAA